ACUUAAACCUAGACUGGUCUUGUUGAGUUCUGUUUGAGCAGUGUCUGUUAUGCUAAAAAAGGACAUUAGGCUUGGGGGGUCUCAUUCUGGGGCUAGAUUGACAUCCAGGACUUCAGGGGUUACUAUUCCUCUGGGCUAGUGCCUACUCUUUCCAACAAAAUAUUGACUUCUGAACUAUUCCCAGGGCUUUUUUGUUUGUUUGUUUGAAGCUGUAAACUGAGAACAGAAAUGCUACCUGAGUGAGAGAAGUCCAGAAAGCAGUAGGUUUUAUCUUUCCUCAGCCUGCCUGGCCUUUGGUGAGUUUGGAAGUGUUGAUAGAAUCCUGAGCCCUCUUGGCAGAGAAUGAGGGUCAGAAAAAGAGAAGUCCUCAGGCAGGGGGUCAGGUUCCUACUUGCCUCGUUAGGGAGAAUUCAUCCUUGUCUGUCUGUUUGGCAGGGCACACUUAAUCACCGAGACCCAGCAUUUCAGCAGUUUGCAGAGGAAAGUGAUAUGAAGGGACAGCUGCAAGUAAGCCACAACGUGAAUCUGAGGAGAUCACUCACUUCACUUGGAGGAAAGAGAGAAGGAAGGAAGCCGAGAGCUUAGCAGGGUAUCAUUGGACAGGACAUGGCUCCACGGUCCCGGCGACAAAGGCACAGGAAACCCCCCUUAUCAGUGGCUCCACCCACAGUUGUGACCCCAGUGCCUCUGACACUCCCCAAAUCUGGCCCUAGCAUUGAUACACUUGGCUUCUUCUCCUUGGAGAAAAAUGUUCCUGGUCUAUCCCAGGUGAUCCUUCAAAAGCUGAACAUGAAAAGCUAUGAAGAGUACAAGUUGGUGAUAGAUGGUGGUACCCCUGUAUCAGGCUUCGGAUUUCAAUGUCCUCAAGAAAUGUUCCAGAGGAUGGAGGACACUUUCCGAUUCUGUGCUCACUGUAGAGCACUCCCUAGUGGCCUUUCAGGUUCCAAGGUCCUCCGGCACUGCAAAAGGUGCAGAAAUGUUUAUUACUGUGGUCCAGAGUGCCAGAGGUCAGACUGGCCAGCACACAGGACAGUUUGUCAAGAGCUUCGUCUUGUGGCUGUGGACCGUCUCAUGGAAUGGCUUCUGGUCACAGGUGAUUUCGUCCUACCUUCAGGACCUUGGCCAUGGCCACCUGAAGUUGUACAAGAUUGGGACACCUGGUUUUCUAUGAGGGGGUUACAGCUAGAUGCUACACUGGAUGCUGUGAUAGGUAGUCAUGCCAUGACCACCCUAUGGACCAGUGUAGGACGGCCAAGGCCAGACCCGGAUGUCCUGCAGGGCUCUUUGAAGCGGCUGCUUACAGAUGCCCUGUCACGGCCGUUGACUCUGGGCCUAGGGGUUAGGGCCUUGGGGAUAGAGGUUGGGAAGAUUGGGGGAAGCACAGUGCAUGUGAUUGGUGCUUCCCAUGUGGAGACAUUUCUUACUCGCCCUGGAGACUAUAAUGAACUUGGCUACAUGUUUCCUGGACACCUUGGCUUCCGUGUGAUCAUGGUGGGUGUAGACGUGGCUACUGGCUUUUCACAGAGCACCUCAACUUCAUCCCUGGAACCUGGCACAAUUCAGCUUAUUGGCCACAGGGGCCUCUAUCAUGACUUCUGGGAGGAGCAGGUAGAGACUGGGCAGAUAGCCCAUCCAGAUUUGGUGGUGGCAUUCCAUCCAGGUUUCCAUUCCUGUCCGGACUUGAUGGAGGCUUGGCUGCCCACUCUGCUGCUACUUCGUGACUAUGAGAUCCCUACAUUGAUUACUGUUUACAGCCAUCAGGAAUUGGCAGCCUCUUUGCAGAUUCUGGUGGACCUGGAUACACACAUCACUGCCUAUGGAGCUAACCCUUUCACAUCCCUCAAACCUGAACAGGUCUAUUCUAACCCCAACAAGCAGCCAGUAUACUGUUGUGCCUACUAUAUCAUGUUUCUUGGAAGCUCCUGGCAGCUGGAUAAGAGGCAAUUGGAAGAUAAAGUUGAUGGUGGGGUUUAAAUAGCUGAGCCAGGUCCUGAGUAGAUGUCUGGAAAAUGGGAAGUUGUGAUAAAAUUACCCUGCUGAUGCCAGGAUGUUGCCAGGUUUGAAACCUACUGUGUUCUAAACCUCAUUCACUGUCUGGGUAAGGAUUUUAAGCUAAAUGAGAGCUCCUGUAUGAUGUGGUUAGCCACAAUAGCUUCUAAAGAUAGGACUCUAGAUGUAGCAGGUGGCGAGAGGCCCUGGUGUCAGUCUUUCCAGAGCCUAGAGUUCCCAACAGUUUCCUUUGUUAGGAAGUUCGAUCUUUUGACUGGAACCAGAUGGCACUGAGGAGGGAAUGAGAACUAUCUUAUUCCUCUGAAAAAGACUUUCUUCUUAUCCAGAAAUCUGGGCCAAAAAAUGGAGAGGUGUUAAUGUCUUUUAGUGGUGCAAGAAUGGAUAAGUCAGGGAAGUUCUUGGAACAUGGGGGAGGUUGUAAGGAUUUUGGCUUUUUUGAGAAAAAUGUCUCGUUUUCUUAUUUCCUCUUGGGGACUUUUGACCCUAGAGAGCAGCCCUGGUGUUGUAUUUUAGAUAUCCCCAGGUACAUUAGACUUUACCUUAAUAUACUGGAGUUAUUUGUUAUCCUGUGUUCUAUACUACAAUAAACUCAGUUUGGGACUUCUUAAA